AUGAAAGAUAGUGAAAACAAUAAAGAAGAAGAGGUUUCAGGCGAACCAAUUGUUAUUGGAUCAGGUCGUGUUGUUUUACCUGCAGGUACACCCGAUUUUAAACCCGAUAAGAAUGCUGGUAAAAAAUUACUUCAGGCUCAUUAUCAAGUUCAAGAAAAAGAAGAAAAGAAUAGACAGCAACAGCAACAAGGUACCAAUCAAUCAAAAGAAGAGAGUGAUGAAGAGCCAGAAAAGCCAACUGCUAAAGCCGCAAAGGGUAAGGGUGGUAAAUCCAGCUCAAAAUAUACACCAUUAGAGCAACAAUUUUUAGCAAUUAAAAAAGAUAAUCCAGACACAGUGUUAAUGGUGGAGUGUGGCUAUAAAUACAAAUUUUUUGGCGAUGAUGCCGAGAUUGCAAAUAAGGUUUUAAAUAUCUAUAGCUAUGUAGCAAAGAACUUUUUAAAUGCUAGCAUCCCUUGUCAACGUUUAUAUUUCCAUUUAAGAAGAUUGGUAUUGGCAGGUUACAAAGUUGGUGUGGUAGAACAGACUGAAACAGCUGCUUUAAAGGCCAUAAGUUCAUCAAAAUCACAACCAUUUGAAAGAAAGCUCACUAGAAUAUAUACAUCCUCCACUUUUAUUGAUGACGAGGUUGAUGAUAGUUUACAAAAUUCAUCCCCACAAUAUUUAGUAUCUUUUUAUGAAGCAUCAACAUCAGCAUCAGGUACCAAUUCAUCAGACAACACUACACCAUCCGUUGAAACAAUUUCAUUUGUUGCUGUUAGUAUUAGAACUGGUGAAAUUAUAUAUGAUACAUUCAAAGAUAGUAUCAUGAGAAGUCAAUUGGAAACCGCUUUAACCCAUUUAAAGCCAAGUGAAAUUUUAAUGCCACCAUCAGUUCUUAAAAAAGAAAAAUCCAAUACCUCUUCUGGUUACAAAUUUUCAGAUCUUACCUACAAGUGUUUAAAGAGUUAUUCAAAAUGUAAUAGUGCCAGAACUCAAAAUAUGGAUAAUCAAAUCUUUGAUUAUGAUGUAGCUUUAAUGAAACUUCAAGAGUUUUAUGAUAAUAACAAUUGCUCACAAGUAUUAGAUCAUAUCAAAUCAAUUAUGAAUAAAUACCAAAUCAUAUGUUUGGGUGUAUUAUUAUCCUAUUUAGAUCAAUUUAUUCAUUUUGGUUCAAUUCUCAAAGUACCAAGCAAUUUCAAAGCAUUCAGAACUGCAAAUCAUUUGGUAUUACCACACUCAACUAUCACAAACUUGGAAUUAUUAACCAAUGAGUCUGACAACUCUGAAAAGGGUUCAUUAAUAUGGCUAAUGAAUCGUACCAGUACUUUUUCAGGUAGAAGAAUGUUUACAAAUUGGUUAUGCAAACCAUUAAACCAAUUGGAUUCAAUUAAAGAAAGACAAAGUGCAGUUGAGGAAUUGGUUGAGGGAAUCAAGGUCAACUCAAAUCAGGUUGCAUCAAUCACUGCCUUAUUCAAAUCACACAUUCCAGACCUUCAACGUAAUCUCUCUAGAGUUUAUUAUAAAAACCAAUGCACUCCAAAAGAAUUUUUAAACACAAUGAGCUCACUAAAACGAAUUUUAGAAUUAUUUAAAGAGAUCAGUAAAGGUUAUACAUUUAAAUCAAAUUUAUUAAAUCAAAUAUUCAAGAUCAAAACAAACUCUGAUGACGACAACCAAGAUGAUAAACUCUCUGAAAGAAUCAACUAUUUCUUAUCAAACUUAAAUCAUGACGCUGCCAAAGAUUAUUCUUCUGUUAAUUGUGAAAAAUCAGAUUUAUGGUUAGAUUUCGAAAAAUAUCCAAAAAUUUUAGAAACUAAAAAGAGAAUUAAAGUUAUUGAAGAAGAAUUUAAAAAAAUCCUUAAAGAAAUUAGAUAUGAAUUAAAGAAACCAUCAUUAGAGUAUUUACAUAUGCCAAAAUUAAAUUUAGAGUAUUUGGUUGAAUUACCACCAAAAUUUGCAGGAGUACCAAAGACAUGGAUUAAAGUAAGCUCAACACAAAAAGCAAUUCGUUAUCAUCCACCAGAAAUUUUAGAGCAAUUAAAACUACUAUCACAAUGCAGAGAGACAUUAAAGAUUCAAGCACAGGAAUCAUGGAUAUCAUUUUUGGGCGAAUUCACUUUAGACUAUAGUUUAUUUUCAAAUUUUGUACAUAAGAUUUCAAAUUUAGAUUGUUUAUUCUCAUUGGCUAAAAUAUCGUGUAUGGAUGGAUAUGUUAAACCAGAAUUCACUAGUGAACCAGGUAUUCAAGUUGUCGAAGGUAGACACCCAGUUGUCGAAGUUUUACUAAAUGGCACAUACGUACCAAACUCUGUCAAAUUAUCGUCAAAUAAAGAAAGAGCAAUGAUUAUCACUGGUCCAAAUAUGGGUGGUAAAUCUUCAUUUAUUCGUCAAACUUCACUUAUCGUUAUUAUGGCACAAAUGGGUUGCUUUGUACCAGCUAAAGAAUGUAAACUUGGUGUAUUUGAUGCAAUUUAUACUCGUAUGGGUGCUCACGAUAACAUUGAAAAGGGUAGCUCUACAUUCUUUAUCGAGCUUCAAGAAACUUCUGAAAUUUUAAAGCAUGCCACUCCAAACUCGUUGGUUAUUCUCGAUGAACUAGGCCGUGGUACAAGUACACAUGAUGGUGUCGCAUUGGCAUACUCUACACUAAAAUUCAUCGUCGAUGAAAAGAAAUGCUUUUGUCUAUUUGUAACACAUUAUCCCCUAUUGGCACAACUAGAAUCAAUGUAUCCAAAUAUUAUUGGCAAUUAUCAUAUGGGUUUCAUCGAAAAGAAGGUUGAAAGUGAUUCAGAAAACUUUAUUCCAAAAGUAAUCUUCCUUUAUCAAUUGGUACAAGGUGCUGCUCAAAAUAGUUAUGGUUUAAAUGUUGCUAAUAUGGCCGGUUUACCAAAUGAAAUUCUAAAGAUUGCCUCAAUUAAAUCAAACGAAAUGAAAGAGACAAUUACAAAAAGAGCAAACUUGGUAAACAAUUCAAAUGAUAAUGAAAAGCAAAAGAUCGAAGAUGAAAUUAAACAAACAAUUAAAACUUGGGUCCAAAAUUCAAAUUCAUUAUCAAAAGAUCAAUUAAAUCAAUUGGUUGAAAAAUUAAAAUCAUUACAAUUAAAAGUUUAA